CAGAGGCUCCGCCCCGCCUCUACCGCCAGAGUCUGCAGUACCCGGAUGAGAACACGCAAAGGGGUCCUUGUGAAGCGCCGGCGGCUACGGAGGUGGUUGCUGCAGGAGCUGGCGACUUUAAAGGGCUCACCAGGACUCUUGCUCAGCAUCGUUAGUGCUUCCAUUGCUGUUCAAAAUCUGACCCCAAGCACAAAAUCAGAAUCUUCACGGUGCAGCUGCCACCUCCACCGAGCUCGAACCUAGAUAGCACCCUCAGGAUCUCCUGUCCUCUGGCAGCUAAGCGUGAAGGUUUGAACACUGCCUGCUUCCGAGCCUCCGCACCAUGACCUCCAAGAAGCUCGUGAACUCGGUGGCAGACUGUGUUGAUGAUGCCCUUGCAGGCCUGGUGGCCUGCAACCCCAGCCUGCAGCUCCUGCAGGGCCACCGUGUGGCCCUCCGCUCUGACCUGGACAGCCUCCGGGGCCGGGUGGCACUGUUGUCGGGCGGGGGCUCUGGCCACGAGCCUGCCCAUGCCGGUUUCAUAGGGAAGGGGAUGCUGACGGGGGUCAUUGCAGGAGCUGUGUUCACCUCCCCGGCCGUGGGCAGCAUCCUGGCGGCCAUCAGGGCAGUGGCCCAGGCAGGCACAGCGGGGACCCUCCUCAUCGUGAAGAACUACACGGGGGACCGGCUCAACUUUGGCCUGGCCCGGGAGCAGGCCCGGGCUGAAGGCAUCCCAGUGGAGAUGGUGGUCAUUGGGGAUGACAGCGCCUUCACUGUCCUGAAGAAGGCAGGCAGGCGGGGGCUCUGUGGCACUGUGCUUAUACACAAGGUGGCAGGUGCCCUGGCCGAGGCUGGUGUGGGGCUGGAGGAGAUCACUAAGCGGGUGAGCGCAGUUGCUGCAGCCAUGGGUACCCUGGGGGUGAGCUUGUCCUCUUGCAGUGUUCCUGGCUCCAAACCCACCUUUGAGCUCUCCGCUGAUGAGGUAGAGCUGGGCCUGGGCAUCCACGGGGAAGCUGGCGUGCGUCGGAUAAAGAUGGCAACAGCCAAUGACAUUGUGAAGCUCAUGCUCGACCACAUGACAGACCCUUCCAAUGCGUCCCAUGUGCCUGUGCAGUCAGGCUCCUCGGUGGUGCUGAUGGUCAACAACCUGGGUGGCCUGUCCUUCCUGGAACUGGGCAUCGUAGCUGACGCUGCUGUCCGCUCUCUGGAGGGCCGUGGGGUGAAGAUUGCCCGGGCCCUGGUGGGCACCUUCAUGUCUGCGCUGGAGAUGCCUGGCGUUUCUCUCACCCUCCUGCUGGCCGAUGAACCCCUCCUGAAACUGAUAGAUGCUGAAACCACUGCAUCAGCCUGGCCCAGCACAGCCAGGGUCUCUGUGACUGGGCGGAAGCGGAGCCGGGCAGCCCCUACCGAGCCCCCAGGGACCCCUGACUCCACUGCUGCAGGAGGUUUAGCCUCGAAGCUGAUGGUGCUUGUGCUGGAACGGGUGUGCAGCACCCUCCUGGGCCUAGAGGAGCGCCUGAACGCCCUGGACCGGGCUGCUGGUGAUGGCGACUGCGGUACCACCCACAGCCGUGCUGCCAGAGCCAUCCAGGAUUGGUUGAAGGCGGGCCCACCCCCUGCCAGCCCUGCCCAGCUCCUCUCCAGACUGUCUGUCCUGCUGCUGGAGCAGAUGGGAGGCUCAUCGGGGGCGCUCUAUGGCCUAUUCCUGACUGCGGCUGCCCAGCCCCUCAAGGCCAAGACUGACCUUCCCGCCUGGUCUGCUGCCAUGGAUGCUGGCUUGGAGGCCAUGCAGAAGUAUGGAAAGGCUGCCCCUGGGGACAGGACAAUGCUGGACGCUCUGUGGGCAGCAGGACAGGAACUGCAAGCCUGGAAGAGCCCAGGGGCUGACCUCUUCCAAAUCCUGACCAAAGCUGUCAAGAGUGCCAAAGCUGCAGCCGAGGCCACCAAGACUAUGGAAGCUGGAGCUGGAAGAGCCAGUUAUAUCAGCUCGGCACGGCUGGAUCAGCCAGACCCCGGGGCUGUGGCAGCUGCCGCCAUUCUCCACGCCAUCCUGGAGGUCUUGCAGAGCCAGAGUGUGUGACUGCCCCCUCGGCCUCAGCUCCUUACUGCAGGCCUCAGGUGGCCAUUGUCACUGCCCUCUGCCUUCAACCAUCACUCUCCCGCUACCCUACUCCCAGGGCCUGUCCUGAGUUCAGCAAGAAAUCCCCCAUCCAAACCUCCAGAGUGACUCCACUGCAGAGACAAAGGCCCAGAGAGGGUUCACAUGCCUUGUUAGCACUGCCCUUGCCCUCUUCUGGGAGGGUGGAGUCCCUGAGCACCUGGGCCAGCCCCAGCCAGCUCUGGGCUUUGGCGAUAAGGCUUUUUCCCUGGGCUGGCAGCACAGCCUCUGCCAACACUAUCUGAUUUGAAUACUCUCCCUUGAAAGGCCUCCCGCACCGGAACCUGAGCCAGUAGGGAAAAGAAAGCAAAUAAACUUCAUUGAAACACCAA